AUGGACACUCAAGCCUCAUCAUCUUCUAUUGCUCUCGAUCAGCGGAAACAGGAUACCCUUAAGGCGUACCGUGAAAAAAUACGGCUUCAUGAAGCUAGCAGUACCAACUUGAAGAACCUCAGAACGUCAUUAAAGGAUUUGGAAAAGGAUUACGAAAAGACAGAGGAUGACAUUAAAGCCGUGCAAUCGGUUGGACAAAUUAUCGGCGAAGUCAUGAAGCAACUCGACUCGGACCGAUUCAUUGUUAAAGCGUCUUCUGGUCCUCGAUAUGUUGUUUCAUAUCGUCCUGCAAUUCCAGCACACAAACUCAAGACUGGAACCCGAGUCUCGCUCGACAUGACGACGUUGACCAUCAUGCGCAUACUGCCCCGAGAGGUUGACCCUGUAGUGUACAAGAUGAGUCUUGAGGAUCCAGGAGAUGCGUCUUUUGCGUCAAUCGGAGGUUUGAGCGAGCAAGUUAGGGAACUACGAGAGAUUAUCGAGCUUCCUAUACUCAACCCCGAAUUAUUUAUCCGGGUGGGCAUCAAGCCACCUAAAGGCGUCUUGUUAUAUGGUCCUCCUGGUACUGGCAAGACUCUCCUGGCACGAGCGGUCGCAGCAACCCUUAACACAAAGUUCCUCAAUGUUGUUUCAUCGGCAAUCGUUGACAAAUACAUUGGAGAGAGUGCCCGUGUUAUUCGUGAAAUGUUUGCAUUCGCCAAAGAACAUGAACCCUGUGUCAUCUUCAUGGAUGAAAUUGAUGCCAUUGGCGGUCGUCGUUUCUCCGAAGGUACCAGUGCAGAUCGUGAAAUCCAAAGAACAUUGAUGGAGCUUUUAAAUCAGAUGGACGGUUUCGAUUCUUUGGGGAAAACGAAACUAAUCAUGGCAACAAAUCGACCAGAUACCCUUGAUCCUGCACUUCUUCGACCUGGUCGUUUGGACCGAAAGAUUGAAGUUCCUCUUCCUAACGAACAGGGCCGUCUGGAAAUUCUCAAAAUUCAUUCUGCGAAAGUUUCGAAGGCAGAGGGCAUCGACUUUGAGGCUAUUGUCAAGUUAACGGAUGGGUUUAACGGUGCUGAUCUGAGAAACGUAAUCACUGAAGCGGGCAUGUUUGCUAUUCGCGACAAUAGGGAUGUCAUCGCUCAGGAAGAUUUGAGUAAAGGUGCUCGAAAAGUUAGCGAUGCCAAAAAGCAUGAAACCAAGCUUGAAUAUACGGCAUAG